UAAGUCCUGAGGCUCAGCCUAGAGACACUUGUCCCCCGACAAGGGAGACAGUCCCAAAGCUAGGGUGGAGUUGAGAAAGCGCGAAAACCGAUUGGAAUCACUGAAACUUCUGGGAAAUGUAGUCCACAGUCACCAAAGUGGGCGACCGACCAACAUCAUCAGACUCCGCAGGGUAGUGAGCCGGGGCUUGUUGAAGCCCAGGAGACCUCUGGGAGUGCUACCCAGCCCAAGGAGUGCGCAGGCGCAAGCUUUCUGGCUCGCCAUCGUCGUCUUUGUCUGCUGGCCAGUUACUUGUGCAUCCUCAUAGCUAUGCUUUUUUUUAUCAUUCAUGUCCUUUGAGGGUCCUAAGGGCUCAGCCUGAAUUCUGGGAUGCUGCUUUGACCUUCAACAGUAACACCCAAGCCCCAUGUCAGUAUUUCAAAUUUUAAAGUCACCAGAUCAAACAAGAAGAGCAAUGGAUGAUUGAGGAAAAAUGUAAAGGAGGUGUUCUCCAGAAAAGGCCUGGGAAAUAUAUAAAGACACAAGAGGAAAGACUUGUGAGUUAAGUCUCACCCUUUUCCGUGAAAAUACAACUAAGGAGAAACUCAGAAAACUUUGGUAGCAGAAAAAUACUUCCUUUGAGCACAGGCAUUGAUUCUUUAAGACUACUACUCUAAAUAUGGGACUCAGUUUAAAAGAAUUUAGAACGUAAUUUACCCUUAAAUAUGAAAAAAGCUGCCUAAAAAAGAACUGUUAAGAAUAUAAUCAGGAUGCUAUAUUUCAUCCCAGUUUGUUAUCAUCUGUUAACCAGUGUAAAAAGUCCUUCAUCAUAAAUUCAAUUUUGUUAGAUACUUGAGAAUUACUACUGAAGAGAAAUCAUAUAAAUUUAUUGGAUGUGGAAAAGCUUCCAUCCAUGUCACAUGUCAAGAAAUACCAAGAAAUUCUUGUUGGAGAAAAUAUCUGUGCGUGAUAAGUAUGUUGGAAAGCCUUCAGCCUGAAUCAGAUCUCCUUCAGCGUGAUCAAAUUCAAACUGGGGAGAAACCUUACGAAUGUAAUGAAUGCGGAAAAACAUUUAGCCUGAAGCAAAACAUAACAGAGCAUAAGAAAAUGCAUAAUGGAGAAAAAUCACAUGAAUGUACUGAAUGUGGUAAAGUAUUCUCUCGAGUCUCAUCCCUUACUCUACAUUUGAGAAGUCAUACAGGAAAGAAACCAUAUAAAUGUAAUAAAUGUGGAAAACCCUUUACCCAGAAGGGAAACUUGCUUUCUCAUCAGAAACAUCAUACUGGAGAGAAACCAUAUGAAUGUGGGAAAGCUUCUGUUCAGAUGCCAAGUUUCAUUAAACAGCAGACAAAUCAUAUUGGAAACAAACCCUAUGCAUGUAAGGAAUGUGGCAAAGCUUUCAGUGGCAAAUCAUAUCUCACUGAGCAUGAGAAAAUUCAUACAGGAGAGAAACCGUUUGAAUGUAAUCAGUGUGGAAGAGCCUUCAGCCAGAAGCAAUACCUUGUUAAACAUCAGAAUAUACAUAGUGGAAAGAAACCCUUUAAAUGUAAUGAGUGUGGAAAAGCCUUUAGCCAGAAGGAAAACCUCAUUAUCCAUCAAAGAAUACAUACUGGAGAGAAACCUUAUGAAUGUAAAGGGUGUGGGAAAGCUUUCAUUCAGAAGUCAAGCCUCAUUAGACACCAGAGAAGUCAUACAGGAGAAAAACCAUAUAUAUGUAAGGAAUGUGGGAAAGCCUUCAGUGGCAAAUCAAAUCUCACCGAGCAUGAGAAAAUUCAUAUUGGAGAGAAACCCUAUAAAUGUAAUGAAUGUGGAACAAUCUUUAGGCAGAAGCAGUACCUCAUUAAACAUCACAAUAUUCACACAGGAGAGAAACCCUAUGAAUGUAAUAAAUGUGGAAAAGCCUUCUCUCGAAUCACAUCACUUAUUGUACAUGUGAGAAUUCAUACGGGUGAUAAGCCUUAUGAAUGUAAAAUAUGUGGGAAAGCCUUCUGUCAAAGCUCAUCUCUUACUGUGCAUAUGAGAAGCCAUACAGAUGGGUUGCCAAUUGUACAAGGACAAUUUGUUAAAAAAAAUCCAGCAUCCAGUUUAGCAACCAGUCACACAGCUCUGACAUCUGCAUGUCCACCAGAACCAAUCACAGAUUUGAACUGGCAAUCAAAACAGAGAGAACAGAAUAAGCUUUAACCCAGCAUUAGGUUUAUUAUUAUCAUUGUCCUGACAAGAAAACGUCUUCACAGCAUGUUCAUCAGUCAUGCAACUGCCCAAGCAACUACAGCUUCCAGUGCCUCACUACUGCAUGGGGAGAAAAGGUCACAAUGGGUGUAGUUCAUCUCACCACUGGGAAACAUUAACAUUCUCCUUCAUGACAUUUUACAACAUAGCAGGGCAUCUGCCUGGUGUACCACCAUCACAUGGAGCACACUCGGUUGUAAGAAUGAUAAUCCACUGCCUCUGGUUUCCCAAGACUUGUGAUGCCUUAGUUACACAGGCUGUUAGUGUCUACAUGCCAAUUCAUAGUUGGCAUAUACAUCCAGGUACAGGCUACAAAUGAGAGAAUUACAAUGGUAUUUUCUUCAAGGAAACUGUGAUAGAAAGGCAAGUUUAAAGUCAACUUUCCAAACAUCAGUGGGAAAAGCCUGUUCUUAAUCCUUUACUGAUAACCAUGCAUUUCCGAUUGAACUGAAACUUUUUGUAAUCCUUUAACUGUAUGAUCUUUUUCCUCAUUCAACUUAGGCUGCCUUAUAUUUUGACUUAUACCAAGACCUUAUUUCUAUAUUCUCUUGUUUCAUUAAUCUAUUUUUCUAUUCCUAUACUAACACCAUAUUAAUUGAUAAUAUUAACGUUAGCCUUGUAGAUUCAUACUACAUAAUAAAACAAGUCCCCCACCC